ACAACUGCCUCAGUGGGUUACAAUGGCACAAUGGCUUCUAGGAGGUCUGCCUUGGCCUCGCAGAAUGAAAUCUCUGGGAACGACCCACUGCGUGAGCUUUUCGAGGCGUGCAGGAACGGGGACCUGGUAAGGGUGAAGAAGCUUGUGACGCCGCAAAAUGUGAACGCCAGAGACACGGCGGGCAGGAAAUCCUCGCCUCUACAUUUCGCAGCAGGCUUUGGUCGACGUGAUGUGGUGGAGCAUCUGCUGAAUCUUGGGGCAGCUGUAGGGGCGAGGGAUGAUGGAGGCCUUAUUCCUCUGCACAAUGCAUGCUCCUUUGGUCAUGCAGAGGUGGUGUCGUUGCUGCUCAAACAUGGUGCCGACCCCAACGCGCGUGACAACUGGAACUAUACACCACUUCAUGAGGCUGCUUCCAAGUCCAAGUUUGAUGUCUGUAUAGUGCUGCUCCAGAAUGGCGCUGACCAUAGCAUCCGCAACACAGAUGGAAAGACAGCUCUGGAUCUUGCUGAUGCCUAUGCCCGCUCAGUACUCACAGGAGAGUAUAAGAAGGAGGAGCUGCUGGAGGCUGCGCGUGCCGGCAGCGAGGACCGCCUGCUGACUCUGCUCACUCCACUCAAUGUUAACUGCCACGCCUCGGACGGCAGAAAGUCCACCCCACUCCACCUGGCAGCUGGCUACAACAGGACGGAGAUUGUCACCAUUCUGUUGCAGCAUGGGGCGGAUGUGCACGCCAAGGAUAAAGGAGGCCUGGUGCCACUACACAACGCUUGCUCCUAUGGACAUUUUGAGGUGACAGAGCUGCUCAUCAAGCAUGGUGCCAACGUCAAUGCCAUGGAUCUGUGGCAGUUCACACCCCUGCACGAGGCCGCCUCCAAGUCACGGGUUGAGGUGUGCUCGCUGCUGCUGGCUCACGGUGCUGACCCAACACUCCUCAACUGCCACUCCAAGUCAGCCAUUGAUGUGGCGCCCUCAAGGGAACUGCAGGAGAGGCUCACUUAUGAGUACAAGGGCCACAGCUUACUGGAGGCGUGUCGUCAAGCUGACGCUGCCAGACUAAAGAAAUUCCUUUCCCCGGAAGUUAUCAACUUUAAGCAUCCAUACACUGGCAACACUCCACUUCACUGUGCAGUCUCCUCCACGGGCAGCAAGCGGCGAGGCAUCGUGGAGGCCCUGCUGAGAAAGGGGGCGCCUCUGCAGGAGAAGAACAAGGAGUUCCUGACGCCCCUGCAUGUUUGUGCUGAUAAGGGCCACUGUGACAUCAUGGAGCUGCUGCUGAAGCACGGCUCAAAGGUCAACGCACUGGAUGGCCUUGGACAGACAGCGUUGCACCGGUGUGGGCGGGAGGGGGAUGUGCAGGCAUGUCGUGUGUUGCUACAGUAUGGAGUAGACCCUUCCAUCAUUUCCCUCCAGGGUUACACUGCCACACAGGUUUCCACCGACAGUGUUCAGCGGCUGCUUCAUGAAGACCCACCAGGCCCUGGUGUGGACACAGAACAGCAGCUUCUUGAAGCAUCCAAGUCUGGGGACAUUGACUGUGUGCGCCGCAUCCUCACUGCCCAGCCUCACCUUGUCAAUGUAAGGGACCUUGAUGGCCGCCACUCCACCCCACUCCACUUUGCUGCAGGAUACAACCGUGUGCCCAUCGUGGAGUACCUUUUGCAGCAUGGGGCGGAUGUACAUGCCAAGGAUAAGGGUGGCCUGGUUCCCCUGCACAACGCAUGUUCCUACGGCCACUACGAAGUCACAGAGCUGCUAGUGCGUCACGGAGCCAGUGUCAAUGUGGCUGAUCUCUGGAAGUUUACGCCACUGCACGAGGCUGCCGCCAAGGGAAAGUACGACAUUGUGAAGCUGCUGCUCAAGCACGGGGCUGAUGUGAACCGUAAGAACAGGGACGGCCACACUGCUCUGGACUUGGUGAAGGAGAGUGACCAGGACGUGGCUGACCUGCUGAGGGGUGAUGCGGCAUUGUUGGACGCCGCCAAAAAGGGCAAUCUGGCUCGGGUACAGAAGCUGCUCAACCCAGACAACAUCAACUGUCGCGACUCACAGGGCCGCAACUCCACCCCGCUGCACCUGGCAGCUGGCUACAACAAUCUGGAGGUGGCCGAAUACCUCCUGGAGAAUGGUGCUGAUGUCAAUGCUCAAGAUAAGGGAGGACUCAUUCCCUUGCACAAUGCCUCAUCUUACGGACACCUGGACAUCGCUGCCCUUCUCAUCAGAUUCCAGACAGCAGUGAAUGCCACAGACCGGUGGGGUUUCACUCCCCUCCAUGAGGCAGCACAGAAGGGCCGCACUCAACUCUGUGCCCUGCUGCUGGCCCAUGGUGCUGACCCUUACCUUAAGAACCAGGAGGGCCAGACUCCCUUGCACCUUGCCACAGCAGAGGACGUGAGGAGCCUGCUGCAGGAUGCCAUGAUGAGCCAGCCCAGCCUCACCCCAGCCACAGGAGGCAGUGUGCCACCACCUGUCUCGCCAUCAUCCCCCAAACCGCCUGGCACGCCUUGCAAGGCUGCUGCUCAGCCCACUGUGUCCCCAGCGCCCUCCAUGAUAUCCAUCAACAACAUUGGUGCUGAAGUUGAAACAGUGAUGAUGCCGUCCGGUGCCAGCCUGACCUUCACGCCGGUGCUGGGGUCUUCACCAGGCAUUGGGGAUGGCUGCUGCGACCACUCCCGCUGUGAGACCACUCCAGACACACCUGUCAACAUGAGCAUCGCAUCUUUCCUCAACAGUAUGGGACUGGACCACCUGCGGGAUAUCUUUGAGCGGGAGGACAUCACGCUGGACAUCCUGGCAGAGAUGGGCCAUGAGGAGCUCAAGACCAUCGGCAUCAAUGCUUACGGUCACCGUCACAAGCUGCUUAAGGGCGUAGAGAAGCUGCUCAUCCAACACAACGGCCUGGUGAGCAGUGCGUGUGGAAGCAGCAACAACAGCAAUGGCUCCUCCCAGGGCACACUGCUGCUAGACCUGUGUCGGGAGGACCGGGAGUUCAUUGCAGUGGAGGAGGAAAUGCAGGCCACCAUCAGGGAGCACCGCGACAAUGGCCAUGCUGGCGGGAUAUUCGCCAAGUACAAUGUUGUCAAGAUCCAGAAGAUUCGUAACAAGCGUCUGUGGGAGCGCUACACACACCGGCGGCGGGAGGUGGCGGAGGAGAGCAAUGGGCAAUCCACUGAGAGGAUGCUCUUCCACGGCUCUCCCUUUAUCUCAGCCAUCGUCCAGAAAGGCUUCGAUGAGAGACAUGCCUACAUCGGGGGCAUGUUUGGAGCAGGAAUCUACUUUGCUGAGCACUCGUCCAAGAGCAACCAGUAUGUGUACGGCAUUGGAGGUGGAAGUGGGUGUCCGGUGCACAAAGACAGAUCUUGCUACUCAUGCUACAGGCAGCUGCUUCUUUGUCGUGUCACUUUGGGCAAGUCCUUCCUCCAGUUCUCAGCAAUGAAGAUGGCUCAUGCACCUCCCGGCCACCAUUCUGUUGUGGGGCGGCCCAGUGCUGGCGGUCUCUGCUAUCCGGAGUAUGUGGUCUACAGAGGAGAGCAGGCCUACCCAGAGUACCUCAUCACCUACCAGAUUGUCAAGCCGGAGGAGACGGGGCCCAAGGAGGACGGCAGCCGAGACAACGAUUGACCAGUGUGGGAUGACUAUUCUCCUGUAGACCAAACUGAGGGGCAGCUCUGUGGUAGGGAAAACUGAGUGUUUGGAUCACCACUGUCCAACACCCUCACUCCUUCACUCCUUCAGCCACACCAGCAGUGGGACUCUGGGGUGCACACACACACACACACACACACACACACACACACACACACACACACACACACACACACACACACACACACACACACACACACACACACUCUCUCUCUCUCUCUCUCUCUCUCUCUCUGACAUUCCUACUUAAAAUAUACUUCAUUGUAAUUUGGCCUCGGCUGGAGUCUCUGGCAUCCAUUGUUGUUUGGGUGGCCAUGCAAUAUUAGUGGUCUCAUUAUUUAUAUUCACACAUGGAACUUGUGACAGUUGAUGCCUCGUGCUACAGACAGCAUUCUGUCCCACGGUGACGUCUAUCUGUAGGUGACCAUGACAGACGAUAUCUGCAUACUAGUAAUGCAUGUUUCUACUUCUUUUCCUCCUAGUCACAAAUGCAGCAGGUUCAGUUUAUAGGUUCUUGAUAACAGUGUCCAUCUUCCAGAUAAAUUGCUCCUCUAUGCUUAACUUGUAAAACUCCUGCAGAGGUUUCUUGCUGCAGAGGACAUGGACAUGGUUACCUUCACUCCUUUCCUCCCAGAAAUUGUUUGGUACUGAACUAUGGUAUCCUUAUCAUCUGUAACUCUUGGCACAGCAAUGUCAGAACAAUUCCAGAGCAGCAGUGGCCAGGCAGGUGUUGGUCUCCUGCCUGGCAAGACAUACACUUUUGAUACAAUGUUGGUCUCUUUGUCAAGAUUGACAAAGACCCAGCUGUUGGUGUGAUUGAAGGAAUCCUCAUUACUCCCAUAUAAGUGGUUGUGAUUUUAAUGUGGAGUCUUUAGUAAGCAGCCAGGAAAGUUGGCAUGAUCCUGCUUAGUGUGAAAUGCUCCCAGCUAGUCCAGGCUUGCAUGAGGGUCAGCCGUGCGAUUCAGUGACUCUGUUCCUUGCCAUGACCCAGGAAUGUGCCGAGCUCUCUGGCACGAGCAUCGACCUCUCCGACCUGUGGCGGGGCAUCGCUAUUUAAACUUAGUCAUUCCAUGUAGAAAGAAUGUGUGGAAAUUACUGUUUGCAUUACUCUAUUUCCUUAUAUCUCCUGUGAGCUGUUGUAUAUAAGGUUUCAUGUGUUCUUCUAACAUUGCGAGGAAACUAAUCCAGGUGUCAAGUUAGUUUAAGCUUUUCGUCUUGAUGUUUAGAGCUUCUUGCUGAUACCACGAGCAUUGGUUUCUGUCGCUGGUGAGCAGUUGGCUGUGCUGGGACUAAGAGUUAUAUCAUUGAUGUUCAGUGUUUUGAAUGUUUAUCUUCUGAAUUUCUGUUGAGAAUAUGAAAGCAUUUCCAGAUGGAUAUUUCUAAUACUGUGUUUAUUUAGGAGUUCAGACGGUAUAAUGCUUAUGUUUCUUUCAUGGUUUACUUUUUAUUUAAAGGAAAUUCACAUCAGGGAUAUUUGUAUAUGCAGUGAAACCUUGGUAAGUCAAACCAUAUGUUAGAAAAGAGCCUUGGCUAUCCUAACUGACCAAAUCUCUUCCUUUACAUUUACUCUUUCAAUACCAAAUGAAAUGCUGAAUUAUUGCUGGCCAUUAUAUAUGUGCAGGUUAUUAAUAACUAAGAAAACCUAAGGAAAUAAGGAGUCUGCAAACUAACACAAUUAUUGCAGACCUUGAUACAUGUGAAGUUACUACUGGCUUAGAAAACAUAAAGAAGUGAGACUGCAAAAGGUCCAUUAACCUACACAAGGCAGCUCCUGAAGAGAGAACAACUUGCCACUUACAGUAAUGCAAGCAGUGAUCACAGGCUGAUCAUUUAUUGCAUUGUUUCUUAUUCAUCUUCAUUUUCACUUAAUAUUAUAAGUCACAACAUUCCAAAUUAUGAUAUAAAGUUUUUAAGAAUGAAACCCUUCAGACUUAUCUAGAUUUCACUGUAUGACAUCUGAAAAUAUUGUUAUCUAAAUCAUAAAAGGUGAAACAUUUUUAAAUAGGAAUUAGAUCUGGUAAAAUUGUUGACUAUGAUAUCUUGUGUCACCAUCUGUCACAGUAAUAGAGUCAUCUGAGGACACAGUAAUACUCGCAUUCAUAGAUAUUCUCUCUCGCUGUUCAGUCUACAUAUUCCCAUCUUGAUUUGGAGCCUUCUUGUGUCUAACAUUGCAUAGGAACGUGAAAAAAUGAGGUGCCGGAAGCCAUCAGGCCUACGUGUAGGAAUCCCUGCAGGAAACCAAGCCACCUUAAUCCAUCUAUCCAUAAAUAUACCUAAUCUAUCCUUACUUAUUAAUGAAGUACAAGAUUAUUAAAAAAUAAAUGUUUUGGCAUCAUAUAAUUAGAUUAUGGUUUUGGUCGGAGUAAAGCAAAUUUACUACAAGAUUCAAAAUGAGAUGGGAAUAUGUAGAUCACUCAGCAAAUAGCAGUGUUUAUAUGGCUGCUUAUCUUCAGAUGACUUAAAUGAUAUAAGAGAAGAUGGUGAAGCCGAUUGUAGUUAUAUAUGUUGUAAGUUAAAGAAACAAAGGAAUGUGAACGCAGCAGGACAUUCACAUUCACUGCUUCUGGCCAUUUGAUAAGUGCAUUGUGACACAACUUCCAUUUUGUGAUGUGCGGUAAAUUUUGCUGCUGGAAUGCCCUCAAGUGUAUAGCAUGUACGUACAUGUUUUCUGAGAAUCUCUGUGUUAAGUGAUGUGUGAGAUGCAGGUCGAGCAAAGACUGGCUUCAGAGGCCUGUGUCAUGCUUGGUGUCUGUCCCCGGCGCUUCUCCAGGGAAGAGAAGGCAUUGGGGGAAAUUAUGUGUGUCCAAAAUUAUUCUAGACUUGUUAAAAAAAAAGAGUAUUAACAAAUAGAGUGAUUGCAACUUUGUUGUUAAAUUGUACUUUAUCUACUGUAUUAUGAUGGAAAAUUGUUGACUUAAGAAAAGAUUUAAUUCAUGGCAUGAUGUUCAGGGCAUUAAACUUUUGCGGGGUCAAGUAACAAUAUUUAAGUGCAAUAUUAUAUUUUAGUACAUUCAUUCAUAGGUUUAUGUAAGAGUUAACACAAAUGAAACUUUACGCAUUCACAUAUAUUUUUUUUCUCUGAAGCAUCUCGUUGGUGUUCCUCAUCAUCCAGUGAGGCCAAGCAUCCCGCGCACAUUCCUUUUUGUUGUAACAAGCACUUCUUGCUCAUUAUUUGUGCAGUAGUGUGAGCUCUGGGAAAAUGUCAGCCGUAAAUAUUGGGGGUAGUGACUGAAAGGCUAAAAAAAGUGGAUGUUAAUAUUUUACUGAAUUCCAUAGUAACUACUUGCAGACUUCACCCAAAGUUAUCUGCUGAGAGGCAGGUUGUAGAGGAUGGCUGUGAGAGGUUCUGCAUCAGUAAAUUAGACCUGACUUUUAAUUAGGAGGGAAAUUUCUUUGUGUUUUGUGUUGAGUUCUGUAUCAUUAGAUGUGUUGUGUCUUCACUGCCUGGGGAGGCGAUGCAGUGAAGAGUAAUUCCACGCCCGCCAAGCUCAGCUUUCCCAGUGUUGAAGAGGGGAAAAAAAGGGCUGAAAUGCUGAUAAUUAGCAUGAUUCUGGUAUACAGUAUAUAUGUGUAUGUACUAGUUUUCUUUGCCUUGAUAGGGUGGGUUGAGUUGUUUGAAUCUAUGUGAUGAUGUACUAUGCUCACUCAUGUUUCAUUGUGUUGUUCAUUAUUGUUCUGUGAUAUAUCCAUUGUGGCAGCGCAUAUCAUGAAUGAGCACACACCUGCAUGUACUUGUUAAAAAAAAAAAAAAGGAAGAGUUGUAACUUCAUGUUCCACUAUUUCCAUGUGUACACAUUAAGAAAUACUGGAAGAUUACUUUUUGAAAAAAACUGCCAAAAUUCAAAACAGGUUUGAUCCGCCCAUAUCAUGUUUGUAUGAGUAAAGAUUAAGACUCAUGAGGUAUCUUACUACCUGCUUGCUGCUUGAAUUUGCAAGAGUCCUCAGUCAUGGGACCAUGUUCUGAAACACUCAUGUGCUGCACCUCCACUACAUUCAAAAGGGUCUUGUUGAAGUUACUUGGGUUUAUGGUUUUUGUGUCAGGUUAACCAUAUUUCUACAUUGUUGACAUAGAAGAACUCAUGAGAUCCUGGCUGAUCAUCUCUGUGGCCUUUGAAAAUAGUCAUGGUGAGAGAACAGAGUGUUUUAGAAUAUGGGCCUCUUAGACUGGCCAGGCAGAGGCACUAGAGGCAGCUCAUGUGCCUGAAGUGUGCCAGCAAGGGAGAUAAACCUGCUACCCUUCAGUGUUCAUGUUACAUGGUGCUCUGUUGCUUCAGGAGAGUGUUGCCUGUAUUGCUUCCAGGCAGGCAGGACACAGAGGGUGUUGGUGUGGGUGGUUCAUUAUGUGUUUGCUCUAUUUGCUCACUUUAGCACCUGCACUUGCUGAGGAAAAGGCUUGAUUGCUUCCACUUGGUUGCCCCACUUGGUUGGUUCCAGCUGGUUGCCUCUACUUGGUUAUUUGCACUUGGUUGCCACCACUUGGUUGCUGCCACAUGGUCGCUUCCUUUAGUUGGUACCAUUGGUUAACACCCUUGAUUGCCUGCCAGUGUGAGUUGGGAAGUGUUGCUUUGUUGUUGGGUUCCUUGCCCUGUGUGUGUCUCACUGAGUGACAGCACCUGCCUGAGGGACCACCACUGCUUGCAUGUUCCUCCAGCCCAUGGUAUCACUUAGAGUUUUUAUAAUCCUUGGUUAUUUAAUACUCUGCUAUCAAAGCAUAAUUCAUGUUUGACUUUCUUUGUACAAAUCUGUGUAAAUAUUUGACUCAUACUUUUUACAUUAUGAUGUACAUAUUAUCUCAAUAAAAUGUGAACUAUUUGCUCA